AUGGCAAUGUCUCUCAUCCAAGCGUGCCGCAGCCUGGCGCUCUCAACAUGGCUGCUUUCCUUUUGUUUCGUGCAUCUGGUCUGCCUGGACUUCACCGUGGCCGAGAAAGAGGAAUGGUACACCGCCUUCGUGAACAUCACCUACGCCGAGCCCGCGCCGGAUUCCGGGGCCGGGGCGGCGGGCGGCGGCGCCCCCGCCGAGCUGCACUCGGAGAAGACCGAGUGCGGGCGCUACGGGGAGCACUCGCCCAAGCAGGACGCCCGCGGGGAGGUGGUCAUGGCCAGCUCGGCCCACGACCGUCUGGCCUGCGACCCCAACACCAAGUUCGCCGCCCCGGCCCACGGCAAGAACUGGAUAGCCCUCAUCCCCAAGGGCAACUGCACCUACAGGGAUAAGAUCCGGAACGCGUUCCUGCAGAACGCCUCCGCCGUGGUCAUCUUCAACGUGGGCUCCAACACCAACGAGACCAUCACCAUGCCCCACGCAG